AAUAUUAUAUCGUGUUCAAAAAAUGGCGGAUGAACAGGAACUUUUCUUGAUCGAGUUUCUAGUCGAAAAGGUUAAAAUCCCAGUGAUAAGGGCAAUGCAGGACGAUCUAUUACCUGCAUGUACCUGUGUCUCCUUUCAGAUUCUCAGCCUGCCGCCAGUCGACAUUUGCCAAGAAGCUCUGACAGAUGGUUGCGGUUGCACCGAAGGCGACACGCAGGUUUUUAAGAAAGGCAAAUCUUGUUUAUUCGCGUUGCCAUCGAUCGUUCUUCAGAGGCCUUUAACCACGUUCCCCAUAAAACUAUCUGUCUAUAAGAAACUACCACCUGGAGUGCUACCAGACGUGAUGCUGGUUGGCUGUCAUCAAAUCGAGGCAAAAGCAAUAAUAAACGCCGUAUUGAGCCAACAGGUCUUCAAAAUACCGAAUCCUUGUCAAACGAUCAAGGACACGUUUAAAAUUACUACGGCAACAGGACAAUGCGUUGGAUCUGUGACAGUCUACAUAAGAGCUUCCUGUUUCGGCAAGAAGAUCAUCACCCAGUUUCAAAUACCACACAAUAGGAAACCGUAUCUGUUUAAAGGGGCAGACGACAGUCCUGUUUUUCAGUGCAAGAAGAUACCCUCUGAAUGCUAUACACCAGCUCCAUUGACGUGUACCUGUACGAAGAAAUGUAUCGAUGGUAGUGGAGAGUCUACAGGAAGAACCUGUUGUGCCACACCGAUCGUUCAGACGUCUUCGUGCCCCCCCUUACCUAAACCCCCUGAUUAUGGUCCACGACCGUGCUGCGCCUUACGUCAACCAUCCUCAGGGAAACAAUGUCCAUGUUCGCCGAAAGCUCGACGGAAAGAUCAAGUAGCUUCCCCGUGUUGUUGUUCUGAGCCAAUAUCUAGUUUUCGCGCCAUUGCUCGUCAACAAGCAGCUGCAGGAGGGAAAUGUAGCCCGUGUGCAAAGCCAGCUCCUUGUUCACCUUGUUGCGGUGCUUCCUCCCUAUCGACAGGACCCAAACCAUACGGUGAUUUGCUUAGCAAGGAGACCGUGAAAAAAUGUGGAUGUUCUGUAAAGGAAUACAGUUGCACCUGUGGUUAACAGAAAUGAAAAGAAACUUUUCUUUUCUUGGAAAACAGAAGAAACUUCUUCUUAAUACUUAGAAAGUAAAGAGAAUAAUGUACCAAGCGAAUAAGGCGGAUGAUUUUAUUUUAUUUGUGUAUUAAUGUCAUAUAAAAUUCAUAUAAGUGGUUAUUAAGGAUCGUUAUUUGAAACAGAUUAUUAUUUAAAUUUAUCAAUUUAUUCGAGAAAUUACAAGGAAUUAAAUUUUGUUUUAUAGAACUUCAACGCUUUCUUUAAGAUGAGUACGUGCGAUAUAAAAUAACUCGUUGAAUAAAAUCGACGAAUCUGAACACACGUCCUUGUGGGAACAAUCGAUGAAAGUGAAAUUGUUUCUCAAUAACUAAUCGCUUUUGUUUCAACACCUAACCUUGGAAAACUAUCCAUAUUUCCUAACUCAAACACACAUGGAACAAAAUUGUCCGUAGUCAUGAUAAGCAUAACAGAUAACGAAGCACACAAUCCGAACCUGAGCAACCACUACUUCUCCUCGCUAAUCUCUCCAAACAUAUUACUCAGGAUUCUAACCGGAAAUACAUUAAUAGACCUCCAAUGGGAAGCGAUAUUCAUUCACGCCUUCUUUAAUCUGAAUAAUAUCACGAGAAAGAUAUUACCGACUAUUAAAGGAGAAACUUCCCGGCAAUUAAAACGGCCGGAGGAAACAAUUAGCGAGCCGUGUUGGGAAAAGAUAAACGUCGGGAAUGCAAGCUGAAAAAAAGAAGCGCACUGGAAAGAAACUUCAUCGGCCUGUGGAGAAAACAUGGAUAGACCAAGCAGGAAAAGUACAACGCGAAGCAGAAGAAAAGGAACGCUUGCGUAAAUGGGAAGAAUGCUGGCAAAAAAAGUUUGAAGCUCAAGAAGAACGCGAUAAUGCCGAAUGUUGCGUGGGCAAAGAUUUAUGCGUAAAACCCAGAACACAAUCAAACAUUUGGAUCAAUGUGACUAAGGAUCGAUCCCUUCAAGAAAUACAUAUGUUCAUCAAGCACGUUCCAGUUCCAAAGCCAAAGCCUCCGCCUCUGCCACCGCCGAAAGUACAAAAGACUCCGAUUAUUGCACCAAUGGAAAGAAUCGUGAAGCAAAGAGUUGACAAAAUGAGCGGUACGGAGAAGAAGAAGAAGAAGGAGAAGAAGAAGAUGUAGCAGUAAAUGAAUCCGGCAAUAAGCGAUUCCUUUGCGAUCACUUUGCUCGAAUAUCUUUCCUUUACAUUCUUCUUCGCUACGCAAAAGAUUCUCUGUUUGUCGAGGCAUUUGUAAAAAUACAUCAGAGACCAUGGCGAGGAUGGCGUCGUGACACGUUAUUCUCGUCGUUCAGUGCCCAGUUCGGCGAAGUACCGAAAUGGAAAUAGUGAAGAAAUAAGAAGAAUCUAACUAAUGAAACAUUCUCGCUGCCUUCAGUUUCCAUUUUCCUGUAUUACCCUUUUAUUAAAUAUCAAAAUAUCUUACACGUUCCGCUUAGAGCAUCGAAGAUGCAAUAAAAUAUUUAUAGAAUGUUCACUCCACAAGUUGAGGAUUUUCUACGCUACUUUCUUUAGUUAAACUAUCCUAUCUAACAUUUUAACUGAGAUAGUAAAGUAAAAUUUGCUAAAGUUCUCCAAUAAAUAUAAUCAAUAGGUAUCCUGAUCUAAUAUCUAUGGCCGGCAGUGUCCGCCAAUCAUAGGAAAUUUCAUCUCAAGAUGCAAAGAACAUGGAAGAAAAAUUUAAAUCGAGAAAAGAAAAAUUUCUCCAGCCAAGUUGAUUCAUCGAAAGCGAUAUGUUCAUUGACAUGAACCGCGAAGGAAACAAGCGGUCGGUGUGCAAACUGCAAGGACAUUGCACGCGAGGAGUUAUUCCUGUCCCGCAUAUAUGUACGGGAAGGGAUAAGAAGGGAAGGAAGGUGGGUGAUAAAAAGUGGCGGAAAGAAUGAAGGCAGGGGGUAAACGUGAGAGAGGAGGGACCACGAGG